GAUAUACACACCUUCCGGACUUCCGGCAUGGCUGCGGUAACUGUCACAAUGAGUGGAGCUCUGCUCGCCAGUCUCAUUUAUGAGAACACGAAUAACUCCGGAGAUCAGGAAGGAUUUUUGCUGGGAGAAGUGACAAGUCGCAUUACAGAUACCAUCAGUGAUUCGCAACUGCACGGCGAAACUGAAGAAACCAAUUUGAAAAUCUGUUCCAUGCUUCCGUGCGGCCAGUACCAGCUGUACGACAAGCAGUGCUGUUUGAACCAAGAGAAGGUGGCCUCCGUUUUAGCACGCAGGGAAGUGGUCGGCUGGUAUCGAUUUCGUCGUCAGUCUGCACUUCAAGUGUCCCUACGUGAGCAAGCGAUCCACCAGCGGCUUUCCCAGUGGGUGACCCAAAGUGAUCUCUUCCUUCUGGCCCUGUUCCGUGCUGCCACAUCCCCAAAUGGUGCCACCCACUCCAUGGAUCACGUCUUUCUCUUGGGGGCUGGAGAGAAACGCUACCGUGCUGUGCCCCUGCAGUUGGUCAACCUGGCUGCCAGCCACACAGAUUAUCACCUCUACCCAGGCUCAGCGGCUAGUAUUCACCAGGGAGCCUUUUCGCAGCUUCUUGCCUCCGCAACUCAGACCUGGACAGCAGGGCCUGUAUUGCAACUUCACAGCCAACUGCAAGGCACACUGCAGAUGUUGCAGGACCAGGUAGCGGAGUCCGAAGCCCAGGUGGCCGCGUCAGCCAAAGAGGUGGCCCAGUUGCGACAGGGCAAGAUAUCGGAACUUGUUUGAUCGGCUCAAGAAUAUCCUGAGGAUGAAUUUUAAAAAAACUAGUUACGUCAUUUUCGGCGGCACGUUACGCAAAAGAGAGGGUGUUUCCUGGAAGACAGACUUCCUGGUAUGCGUUUGACAUAUUUGUAUCAAUUUUGGCCACAAUAAAGACCUUUCUGGCAUCAC